CAGAGCUCGCGUUCAAACUGACGGCCCCUGCAACUUAUUGAGUAAACACAGGACUAACAUGUGGACUUUAAAAAUUGCUUUCGUAUUUACAGCUUUGCAGUAUGUUCUUAGCUUGACCCAGCAGGAGUUAAACUAUGUAGCCCAAAAGCUCGACGUUCGAGUAAAGCUGACGGACAGCCUCAAAUACGACGGAAAACGUCAUACAAUGGUCAUUACUCUUUUAAACAAAGGACAAAGACCAAUGGAACUCCGAGAAGUCGAUAUGUUCUUCCAUAGUUUCUUCAUGGUUGAGCCAGACCAUUUACCGAAACCUGCAGGAUACAUUUCCAGAAGGAAUCACGUUCAUCUGCAUCAUAUCAACGGCAUGCUGUUCAAGAUGACUUUUCUCCCAUCGUUGGGGAUAAUUCUCCCAAAUGAAUCUAAAGAAAUUCGUAUCACCAUACAAGAUUGGGCAGUGUCAAGGACAGACGUUAUCAACAACUGGUAUAUAGUCUCAAAGGGGUUGACACCUACUGUUCUUGAUGCGACUGCGCUGGAUGAUCUUUCAUUUGUAGAAGAAUUCAUUGAUCCAAACCAAUACAAACGCUAUAUGGAUGACAAGUAUAACCCUUUCACGCCAAUAGACCGGUUUAAUCGAAUGAAGGCGUACGACCUCGGUUCAAGCGCAGUAGAAUAUGGGAUAAUACCUACCCCUAAAGAGGUCGGCUUUGACACCAGCAGACCUGUUACGAUCGACAACUCAUGGAUAAUUACAGCCGCACCGAGCUUGUUAAAUGAAGCAAACUUUCUUGGAGCAAAGCUGCGACUUCCCCAUAUUGAUACGCCCGUAGCAACUCGGGCAAUUAUUCUUGAGAUCGGCAACACCGGCAUUGACGACCCUGAAUCCUACUUAAUAAAAUCGCUUGAUUGUGCAGACGUCAUUUCUGUGAAAGGUCAAAGUCCUGCAGGAGUGUUUUACGGCGUACAGUCGUUACUGAGUUUGUUGACGGUGAACGGCACAGAGACAUUUCGUACCCUCCCUGGAUUCUCAAUCUUGGACGAACCCAGAUACGGGUAUCGUGGUAUCCACCUUGACGUUGCACGAAACUUCCAGCCUAAGGAGACUGUUAUAGAUCUCCUCGACAGCAUGGCUCAGUACAAACUCAAUAAGCUGCACCUUCACCUCUCAGACGAUGAGGCGUGGCGUCUUGAUAUACCCUCAUUGCCGGAACUCACUUCGGUUGGUGCUAAACGAUGUCAUGACUUAGAUGAAAAGACUUGUAUCAUCCCUCAACUGGCAUCAGGCCCGCGGCCAGUUGCACCUGGGUCAGGCUUCUACCGCCAGAACGACUAUCAAGAUAUCCUGAUGCACGCCAAGUCGAGACACGUCGAGAUUAUCCCGGAAUUUCAAAUGCCCUCACAUGCCCAUGCUGCCAUUAAAGCAAUGGAGGAACGAUUUCGGAAUAGUAAUGACAUUGACCAUCUCCUGACGGACCUUGAAGAUACAUCCGAGUAUUUGUCAGUUCAAAUGUUUAAUGAUGACGCUAUGAAUCCAUGCGUUGAAUCAACAUAUAAUUUCAUGAGAACUGUGAUCCAGACAAUUAAGCGUUAUCAUAUUGAUAUAAUGCCUCUGCAAUACUUCAAUCUGGGUGGCGAAACAAUUCCGCACGGAGCACUUGUAAAUUCUACAGCGUGCAAAAAAGCUUUUCCAAGCGUAACUCCGGAAGAACUUCCUGUCUACGCAAAGGCAUAUUUCAUGAGCCGACUCGCUAAGAUGGUAAUUGUUGAUGAAAACCUUAAGCUAGCCGGUUACGAGGAUGCAUUCUUUCUGAACGGGGACCCUCUACCUGGUGGAUCGACUAACCUGUUGGCGUACCCAUAUCAGAAUGUAUGGGAAUGGGGACUUGCGAACAAGGCAUACAAACUAGCUAACUCUGGGUACCCGGUUGUGUUGUCGCCCGUGACACAUCUGUCGUUUGAUCAUCCAUACGAGCCAGAUUCGGAAGAAAGAGGACUCUAUUGGGCAUCUAGGUUUACAGACACAUACAAAGUAUUUAGUCUUCGUCCUGACGACCUUUAUGACAACAUCGACGUCAAACGCUCUGGUGAGCCUUUAACUCGCUUAGAUGUCUGCGGCAUUGGCGACGUCAAUUGUGACCCCCUACUGAGGCCGGAAAACAUCAUGGGCAUUCAAGCGUUCGGUUGGACGGAACUAAUAAAAGACAAAGACACGCUUGACUUCAUGUUGUUCCCCCGAGUGCUUGCCCUUGCCGAGCGUGCCUGGCAUCGAGCACCCUGGGAAGCCAACAGUACCGUGCCAGUCUCAGACUGGGAGAAGUUUACCAACAAGGUUGGAUACAAGGAGCUCCCCAGAUUGGACAAAGACGCUAUCAAGUAUAGGCUGCCUCUUCCGGGCAUUGCAGUCGGGACAAGCAACAACCGCGAGUACCAGGUUACUAUGAAGGCCGAAUUCCCCAACCUUCGUCUCCAGUACAGCUUCGAUAAUGGACAGUCAUGGACGGAGUAUGCCUACCUCUUCGUUCUGGACGACAUCAACCAGACCAUUGUGAUGCGGACAAUGUCCACUGAUGGUCAACGAUCAAGCAGGACGGCGCGGUUUGCUAUCAAUGACAUCAUCAAUUCCAAGAUAUAGCGACCAGCGGAUAACUACGAAUGGAAUGUAUCAUUAUUAUAAUACAUACCUUAAACAUAUUGAAGGUCAUUACAUCACUGUAUAAAAUGCGUAUGGUUUAAAAAGAUUUGUU